CUCCUCCGUCCGUCCUCCCCCCACCUCCUCACACGUGCCGACGGCACGUACCAACGAACCACCCAACCAUAAUCGACCCAUUAAUUAUGUGCAUAAAUAGAUACACACUGAGAGGGAAGUAGAAGAGACGGACAACAGAAAAAGAAGGGGAGAAAUGGAUUCUGUUAACGAGCAUCUGAAGAGCAAUAGGAACAAGAGAGCAAUGGCUUCUUCUUCUUCUUCUUCUUGGGUUGCUCUGUUUUUGGCGCUACUGUUGGCGGCAGAGUCGUCACGCCCGGUUGCCGUGGACGGGGCGCACGACUAUCUCGACGCAUUGUCGAAAUGCAUAAUGUUCUUCGAGGGGCAGAGGUCGGGGCGCAUCCCGCCGGGGCAGAGGCUCGUCUGGCGGAUGAGCUCGGGACUAGGGGACGGGUCGAAGGCGGGUGUCGACCUCGAGGGAGGAUACUAUGACGCGGGGGACAACGUGAAGUUCGGGUUCCCCAUGGCAUUCACAACCACCAUGCUGGCCUGGGGGAUCGUGGAGUUCGGCGAAGACAUGGCUCCGGCCGGCGAGCUCGGCAACUCCCUCACCGCCCUCCGGUGGGCUACCGACUACCUGCUGAAGGCCAUAGCCGAGCCCAACCGCAUCUACGUUCAGGUGGGCGACCCGAUUCAGGAUCACAACUGCUGGGAGCGGCCGGAAGACAUGGACACGCCUCGGACGGUCUACACCGUGGACCAGCAGAACCCGGGGUCGGACGUCGCCGCCGAGACGGCAGCCGCACUUGCGGCGUCUUCCAUGGCAUUCCGGCCCUUCGAUCCGGCCUACGCGGAGAUGCUGCUGGCCAACGCGAUCCGGGUGUUCGACUUCGCUGACACCUACAGGGGAGCCUACAGCGACAACGCCGGCGUCAAGGACGGCGUCUGCCCCUUCUACUGCGACUUCGACGGCUACCAGGACGAGUUGCUGUGGGGGGCGGCGUGGCUGAGGAGGGCAACGGCCAACGAUUCGUACCUCAACUACAUACAGGCCAACGGCAAGAUACUGGGUGCCGACGACAACAUCAACGAGUUCGGGUGGGACAAUAAGCACGCCGGCCUCAACGUUCUCGUCUCCAAGGAGUACUUGGAGGGAAGGGUGGUGUCGCUGCAGUCGUACAAGGAAUGGGCGGACAGCUUCAUGUGCACGCUGGUGCCGGGGUCGGCGUCGGACCACAUAGAGUACACGCCCGGCGGUCUCAUCUACAAGCCAGGCGGCAGCAACAUGCAGCACGUUACGUCCAUCGCCUUCCUCAUGCUCGUCUACGCCAAGUACCUCUCCUCCUCCUCCCAGACCGUCUUCUGCGGCAACGUCGCCGCCGACCCCACCGCCCUCCGCCUUCAAGCCAAGAAGCAGGUGGACUAUCUCCUGGGGGACAACCCCAUGGGCAUGUCCUACAUGGUUGGGUACGGCGCCAGGUACCCGCAGCGCAUUCACCACCGCGGCUCUUCCAUCCCCUCCGUCCUCGCCCACCCCCAAUUCAUCGCCUGCAAGGAGGGCUCCGUCUACUUCAACUCCUCCGGCCCCAACCCCAACGUGCUGGUCGGCGCCGUCGUCGGCGGCCCGGGAGAAGACGACGUCUACGGCGACGACCGGGCAGAUUUCAGGCAGUCCGAGCCCACGACGUACAUAAACGCCCCCCUCGUCGGCGUCCUCGCCUAUUUUGUAGCUAACCCCAACUAGAGGAGACAGCGGGUUUCGACGACGACGAUUUGGAACUUGGAAGUCUUAAAGAACAGAAGUAUAACAGUAAACAAGUCGACGGUUCACGUGACGGUGUAGAUAUGAAUCGGUGAAAAUAUCGAACCAAGAACAGUGAAGAGAAAAAAACAGAAAAAGAAAGAAAAAAAAAAGAGGAAGGAGCUCAAACCAGCCCACAUGUGAAGCAGUAAAUAAUGCAUAUCCAAUCCCACCUUUCUUUUUUGUCAAUUCUUGUCAAAUUGGAAGAAAAAUGAAAAGAAUAAACGGGAAAAGUAUAGUGGAAAGUGCUGUUGGAUGCUUACUUUCUCGUUUCAA